AUGGAAGAGCAUGAACACCACCUGUUGUUAGUUUUCGAAAAACUGAGAGAACACCAACUAUAUGUGAAGAGGGAAAAAUGCGCAUUCGCGCAACAACAAAUUAACUUCUUUGGACAUGUAAUAGAAGCAGGCAAGGUAGGUAUGGAAGAGGAGAAAGUCAAAGCCAUCAAGGAGUGGAAGACCCCCUCCUUAGUGAUAGAAGUGCGCUCCUUUCUUGGGUUGGCAAAUUACUAUCAGCGAUUCGUUAAAGGAUUCUCGAAGCGCGCAGAGCCCUUGGCCGAACUACUAAAUAAGAGAAACAAGUGGAGUUGGACUUCACGGUGUCAAGAAGCCUUUGACAACUUUAAGAAUGCCAUGAUGGAAGGGCCAGUUUUAGGGAUUGCCGACAUGAAGAAACCCUUUGAAGUCGAGACGGAUGCCUCAGACUUCGCCCUAGAGGGAGUCCUACUCCAAGAGGGACACCCCAUUGCGUACGAGAGUCAAAAGCUAAAGGAGGCAGAAAGAAGGUACGCGGCCUCUGAGAAAGAAAUACUGGCAAUUGUCCACUGUUUACAAUCUUGGAGACAGUACCUCCUCGGAGCCAAGUUUGUAGUCAAGAUAGACAACAGUUCCAUAUGCCACUUCUUUGACCAACCCAAGUUAUCGUCGAAACAAGCGUGCUGA